AUGCCUUCCGAAAAGGUCCACGACCCAGACUACUUCCCGCCACCACUGGCCGAGGAGGAGCCCUUGUCCCUCAAGCGAGACUGGUCCGAAGAAGAGGAGAAACGGGCCAAGCGCAAGCUGGACUUCAUCAUUAUGCCUAUUCUCACCCUCGGCUUUUUCUGCCUCCAACUCGACCGCGGUAACAUUGCGAAUGCGCUCACGGACAACUUCCUCAAGGAUGUCGGGAUCACGCAGAACCAGUUCAACGUCGGCCAGCAGAUGCUGUCGCUCGGCAUUGUGCUUUUCGAAGUUCCCAGCAACAUGGUCCUCUACCGCGUCGGCCCCGGCAAGUGGCUCACUCUCCAACUCUUCCUCUUUGGCACUGUCUCAACCUUCCAAGCCUUCCAGAAGGGCUACGGCGCCUUCAUUGCCACUCGCUUCCUCCUGGGCCUCACCGAGUCUGGUUUCAUCCCAGGCGGCCUCUGGACGCUGAGCACGUGGUACACGCGCUCCGAGACGGCCAAGCGUGUCAUGUUCUUCUACUUUGGCAACCAGAUCGGGCAGGCCAGCUCCAAGCUCCUCGCCUACGGCAUUCUCCACAUGCGCGGCGUCGGCGGCAAGAGCGGUUGGUUCUGGCUCUUUGCGCUCAUGGGUGCCUUCACAAUCCUCGGCGGAUUCGUGUUCGGCUUCUGCCUCCCCGACUCGUUCGCCAACCCCCGCUCCACAUUCCUUCCCAAGUACGACGGCUGGUUCACGGAGCGCGAGCUGCACAUCCUGCGCUCGCGCGUGCUCCUCGACGACCCGCUCAAGGGCAAGAAGAAGAAGCACAUUGACAGCGGCGCGUUCAAGCGUGCCUUCUCCAACUGGCGCCUUUGGGUCCACCUCGGCGUCACCCUGUGCAACAACGGCCCCCAGCGCGGCUUCGACACCUACUCGCCCUCGAUCGUCAACUCGUUUGGCUACGGCAAUCUGAAGUCCAACGCUAUGGCUUCAGUCGGUUUCUGGCUCCAGGUGCCCCUCUCGUAUCUCUUCUCGUUCGUCAGCGACCACUACAACCGCCGCGGCGAGACAGUACUGGUCGGCCUCGCCUGCCACCUUCUCGGUUACGUCUUCAACCUCUCCUUCUCGGGCCGCACGAGCAAGGGCGUCCGCUAUUUCGGUGUCAUCUGGACGCAGGCCUUUGGCACUUUCUCGCACCCCCUCAACAUUGCCUGGAUGAGUCUCACAGCCCGCGACUCUGAGGAGCGCGCCCUCGCCAUGGCCAUGGUCAUCAUGGGCGCCAACACCGCGGGUAUUUACGGAGCCCAGAUUUUCCGCUCAGACGACAAGCCGCUGUACCGUCGAGCCUUCGGCAUCGGUAUUGGCGUGCUCACCGUGGGCCUUAUCCUCGCCGCAAUCCGCUACGUCGACCACCUCAUCACCAAGCGGCGUGCGGCCAAGGCGGGGCCGAGCACGCCGCCCAACGAGCUCGAGACGGCCGCGAGCUCGUCCCCCGGGUCCGAGAAGGACUAUGGAUCGACGACGCACGUGUCACAUUCGACGAAGGUUUGAGGCUCGGUCAGCGCGUGUACAUAUAGUCUAGAUAAAAGGUUGCCGCUGGGUUGCUGGGCCCAAGCUGAGCGUUGUAUACAUCCAGUCGUAUCGUAUGCCAUUCACUCUUACAUUGCACGUGGUGGGAAUGGAGCCAACGGCGUCGGCAUCGGCAUCGGCGGGCUCGGAUCUCCGAAACGUGUGGGGCUCACGCCAUCGAUCAGAGGAACAAUUGAGAGCUCAAGCAUUGAUUAUGG